AUCCCCGAAAGUGGCCCGUCCAGAUCAGAUUGAAUGGAUGCAGAUGUCCUGACUCGGGCGCCUGCGGCAAUCAUUUUCUUGGAUUUGAGCCGGCCACAGAGCCUUCAAAAACGAGCGCAUCCGUGCCUGCUCAGCGGCGCAACACAAUCCAUCGGAUCGAGCCUCUUCGCAGGAACCAUAUAGAGAAGAUGGAGAGCUUUGACUCGUACCAAACUCCCCUAUCGAGCCGCUAUGCGAGCAAAGAGAUGUCCCAUCUCUUCUCCGCCUCCAAUCGCUUCCACACCUGGCGAAAGCUAUGGCUGAACCUCGCGAUCGCGGAGAAGGAGCUCGGUCUGCCGAUCUCGGACGAGGCUAUCAAGGAGAUGAGGGAGAACCUCUACUUGACGCUGGAACAGUUUGAGAUCGCUGCGAAGGAGGAGAAGAAGCGGCGGCACGAUGUCAUGGCGCAUGUACACACGUUUGGACACGUCGCCCCUGCCGCCGCGGGUAUCAUCCACUUGGGCGCGACGUCGUGCUACGUUACAGACAAUGCGGACCUGAUCUUCAUCCGCGAGGCGCUCACGCUGCUCAUGAAGAAGCUCGUCGUGGUCAUCCACCGCUUUGCGGCGUUCGCGGGGCAAUAUAAAGACCUCCCGACGCUUGGCUUCACGCACUUUCAGCCGGCACAGCUGACCACGGUGGGGAAGCGGACAACACUGUGGUUGCAGGAGCUUCUGUGGGAUUUGCGGAACAUCAGGCGCGCCCGUGAUGAUAUCGGCUUCCGAGGCGUGAAAGGGACGACGGGCACGCAGGCGAGCUUCCUCAGUCUCUUCGAUGGGGACCACGAAAAGGUCGAAGCGCUCGACCGCCGCGUCACCGAGCUCUUGGGAUUCAGCUACACCUACCCGGUGACCUCGCAGACCUACUCGCGCAAGAUCGACAUCGAUGUCCUCGCGCCGCUCGCAAGCCUAGGUGCGACCGCGCACAAGCUCGCGACCGACCUGCGGCUCCUAGCCAGCUUGAAGGAAGUCGAGGAACCGUUCGAGGCGACGCAGAUCGGCUCGUCGGCGAUGGCGUACAAGAGGAACCCGAUGCGCUCGGAGCGCAUUUGCAGUUUGUCUAGGCACCUCAUGGUGCUCCAUCAAAAUACGCUCAUGACGUCCAGCGUGCAGUGGUUCGAGCGCACGCUUGAUGACAGCGCAAACCGCCGUAUCACGCUGCCAGAGGCGUUUUUGACGGCGGACAUUGUCCUGACGACGCUGCAGAAUGUGUCCGAGGGCCUUGUCGUGUACCCGAAGGUAAUCGAACGCCGGAUCGCGCAGGAGCUGCCGUUCAUGGCGACGGAAAAUAUCAUCAUGGCGAUGGUCAAGCAGGGCGGGGACCGCCAAGAGGCGCACGAAAAGAUUCGCGUGCUUUCGCACGAGGCCGCACACCAGGUGAAGGCGCUCGGGCUCGAGAACGACCUUAUCGCGCGCGUGCGUGCGGAGCCAUACUUCGACCCGAUCAAGGACCAGCUGGACGAGCUGCUCGAUCCGAAGAGCUUCAUCGGACGUGCGCCGGAGCAGGUGGACAAGUUCUUGAAGGAGUGGGUGCAGCCGGCGCUAGAGGACGAGGAGCAUCAGGAGAGUAUUCAGAGGAGCGAAAAGGCCGAAUUGCACGUUUGAGGGUGCUCCGAAGGGCAAGGGGUGCAAUGAAACAGUUUGCCUGAUUCGUUGAUCUGCGAGCUCAUGCGCUCAACUUUCGGGCCUUUGACAAUGAAUUGACCUAAUUCCAGCGCUGUGGUCGGAUCAAAUGGGCAGUGGC